AUGCAAGUCAUAUAAUAAAAAACAUCGUCGAUAUUACAACACAAUUACAUCAAAAAUAUCAUUACACGCACGUCCGUCCCCGACGACUGUCACUUUGUAUCUGACCAAAUCAGUUCCAUUUUCAAUUGUUUCAAAGAGUCACGUGACAAGACAAAAUGGUUCACAAUUUUUUGCUAUGUGCCUAUGUUACUAUGCAACUAGUAGUAGCUUAUAUGCAAUCUGACGAUUUAUUUUAUGCUGACAAUAAAAUGGUAAUUGGUAACUUAAAACGAAGGGAAGUUAUACCACUGAAUCCAUACUCGAAGACUAAUGGAAGGAGACGGUUUGGGAAUGAUGCAAGCCUAAACUAUAGAAGGACCAAAGACAUACGUGAAGAUUUUAUUGAUCGAAGGUUUGAGUUAUCCGAAUCCCAGCUAGGAGAGGUUAAACUAGACAAUAAAGAUAACUUGGACAAGCUGCACAACGAAUUGAGCUGGCUCUCUCUUGACUCUGUUGAAGGAAUAGAUCAGCCAGCAGGCAUGGUGGUUUUUGGCGAAAAUUAGUUUAUAAACAAAAAAAAACACAACUUUAAUAUCUACAAAAUUCCUAUUUGUUUUUCAAAAUAAUGCUUCAUUUUAAACUUCACAAGGGUAAUUUUGGAUUGUACCAAUCGUGACAAAUAAAAUGUGUUUU